GCCGCCGCUCCCGAGGCGCUCGCGCUGUCCCCGCCGCGCUCCGAGGCAGCCGUAGCUCGGCCCGCGUCGCCAGGCCCCGGGCCGCCCCCGGGUCCCCGCCGCCCGCCGCCCGCCAUGGACGACUACGCGGUCCUGUCGGACGCUGAGCUGGCCGCCGUGCUGCGCCAGUACAACAUCCCGCACGGGCCUGUCGUGGGUUCCACCCGCAAGCUCUACGAAAAGAAAAUCUUCGAGUACGAGACCCAGAGGCGGAGGCUCUCGCCCCCGAACUCGUCCGCGUCGUCUUUCUCCUAUCGGUUCUCGGACUUAGACUCGGCAUCAGUGGACUCGGAUAUGUACGAUCUGCCGAAGAAAGAGGACGCCUUACUCUACCAGAGCAAGGGCUACGGUGAUGACUACUAUGAGGAGAGCUACUUGAGCACCAGGACUUAUGGGGAGCCCGAGCCUGUGGGCGCCUCGAAGGGGUUCCGCCAGCCCCCAAGUUCACUCUCAGACACAGACACCUUUCACCACCAGGUGCGUGAGGACAGUCUUUUCUCUUCUGAAGAGGAGAGCAAGGAUAGGGAGCGCCCCGUGUAUGGCCGGGACGGCACCUACCAGAGCGUCGCGCACUACCGCCCUGUGUCCAGCGUGUCCAGAAGCUCCCUGGGCCUAUCCUAUUAUCCCACCUCCUCCUCCGCCUCCCCCAUGUCCUCCUCUCCAUCUUCCCCCACUUCGUGGCUCACUCGUCGAGCUAUCCGGCCGGAAAAGCAGGCCCCUGGGGCCAGUCUGGGCCAGGACCGCCAGGUCCCCCUCUGGGGCCAGCUGCUCCUGUUCCUGGUCUUUGCCGCCUUCCUGCUCUUUGUUUACUACUCCUUGCAGGCUGAGGACAGCAAUCCCUUCUGGACGGAGCCCUGAGGCUCUGGCUUCGUGGCCGCCUGUUCUCAGAAGUCCUGGCUGACUGCCUUAGUAGUGUUUGCUGGGGGAGGGGGUGGGGGCUUUUCUGUGUGUUCUGGCUUGGGAGCGCCGGGCCUGGCCCCGGGCACCGCUCGCUCCCCUCGUUCUGCGGGGUAGGUGGCAGGCCCAGGCCCUCCGUGGCACGGUGGGCUUGGGCAGGCCUUCCUCUGGAGCCUUCUGGAUCCUGCUUGCCUUUGACCCUUAGGGCCCAGGAGGGCAAGACUCUUCUCCCUGAGAGGAGAACAUGGUUGUUGUCGUUGCAUGCCUCCUGUCCGUUGUCACCUCGUUGGGGGGGGUCAGCCAAAAGCCACCCCGACUUUGUUUUCGUGGACACGCAAUAAAAAGACCAUUUAUUUUUAA